AUGUCGAUAUUGACUGAUGAAGUCAAUAUCGCUCUAAGAAUGAAUACGGGUUCUGUCCAGCUGGACAUACCACCUGGUAGCAGAGCUUGGUAUACAGGAUAUGAGAACUGUUGUGGCAGAAUAUCCUGUAUGGGUUGGGCUUGUUGUGGACCAAAACCUGGAGGAUACAAAGGGUUAACCACUUCUUGUGAUGGAAGGCCUUAUUGGCUUAAGACAGCUCUGCCUUGCUCCAAUUCAAGAACACCAUUUCCAUUGAUGAUUCUGGCACUCGUUUCUGUUCUUACCCUUUCGCUUCUUAUUCAAAAACAAACUCCUGGAAUGAAAGCACAAACUGCUGCUCAUGGGAUGGAGUCACUUGCGACAAGGACUGGUCAUGUCACCGGCCUCAACCUUAGUUGCUCUUUUCUUGUUGGCUCUUUUUCUGAAAACAGCAGUCUUUUCCGUCUUCAAGGACUCAAACGACUCAACCUUGCUUACAACACAAAUUCAAUGGUUCUAUCCCUUCUGGGUUUAGUCAUUCCAUCUGAUAUUUCUCUGUUGUCAAAACUGAUUUCACUUGAUCUUUCUGAGAAUUCUUAUUGGGAAUUGGAAUUUGACAGCCGCAGUUUUGACAAGCUUAUGCAUAACUUGUCUGAUUUAGAAAAUCUUUUCCUUGGCAUCGUAAACAUGUCUGAUGUUUUGCCUUCCUCCUUGAUAAACUUGACUUCAUCUCUGAAGCGUUUGGGUCUAGGUGAAAGUGAAUUGCAGGGGGAAUUCCCUACUGAAAUUUUUAACCUUCCGUACCUUGAGUAUCUUGAUCUAAGCAGCAACUAUUUUUUGACAGGUUAUCUCCCUAGAUCAAAUUGGAGUAGUCCCCUUAGGUUCUUGGACCUUUCGAGUAGUGGUUUUAAAGGGUCAAUUCCUUCGGCCCUAGGUAACCUCACAAAAAUCACAUUUCUAAGUUUAAGCCACUUCGAAGGAGAACUUCCAAAUGUCUUUGGAAACCUUAAUAAACUAACUACUCUGGAUUUUGAUUACUGUAAUUUCAGCGGUCAACUUCCCCCAACGUUGUUCAAUCUCACACAACUUACUCAUUUAGAUUUAUCAUUCAAUAGUCUUGAGGGCCCCCUCCCAACUCAAAUAAGCGGGCUUCAGAAUUUGUAUGAAUUUCGCUUGACUGAUAACUUAUUGAGUGGAGCAAUUCCAUCUUGGCUUUUUACUCUGCCAUCUUUAGAAUAUUUAGACCUCGGGAGUAACAGUCUCACUGGUCCAAUCAAUCAGAUUCAAAAGCCUAAUUCAGUUCAGCAAGUGUUUUUGGCCAAUAAUGACAUACAUGGUGAAAUACCAAGUUCUUUCUUUGAUCUUGCAAAUCUUGCCCAACUUGAUCUUUCAUCAAACAACUUGACUGGCGUAAUCAAGUCAGCUAUGCUUUCAAAGCUUGGGAAUCUUGAAAAACUCGAUCUUUCAUCAAAUAAUUUUUGUGGCGUCAUCAAGUUAGAUUUGCUUUCAAAGCUCAAGAAUCUUACAACACUUGAUCUUUCAAAUAACAGGCUGCUAUCUUUGAGUAGCAGCAUUGGUGUUAACUAUUCUUUUCAAGAGCUCCAGACUUUUUCAUUCUCUUCUUGCAAUGUAAGGCAGUUCCCAAAUUUCUUAAGAACAGCAAAGCAAUUGAGAGUUCUUGAUCUUUCUUUUAACAAAAUUCAUGGCUCAAUUUCCAAAUGGGAAUCAGAAGGGUGGGAAGAAUUGUCCAGUUUAAACCUUUCUUACAACUCACUGAUUAGUUUAGAGCAAUUUCCAGGGAAGAAUCUUGAAAUCCUUGAUCUUCGUUCCAACAAACUCCGAGGUCAUCUUCCAGAUCCACCAUCUUCAUUGCGAGAAUGCCUCAUGUCCAAAAAUCAAUUGACAGGAAAAAUCCCUCCUUCGAUUUGUAAUAUGACUUCACUUGAGAUUCUUGAUUUGUCUACAAAUAACUUGAGUGGAAUUAUCCCAGCGUGCCUUGGAAAUUUGAGAUUUUCUAUCUCAACCAUAAACCUACAGAAGAACAACUUUCAUGGGAAAAUCCCCGAUUGCUUUGUUUGGGGUACUCGUUUGACAAAUCUUGCCCUUAAUGACAACCAAUUGGAAGGGUUAUUGCCACGAUCCUUGAUUAAUUGUACUAGUUUGAGAUUUUUAAAUUUGGCAAAUAACAAGUUAAAGGAUACCUUUCCCCAUUGGUUGGAUAAUCUUCCGAAUCUUCAUUUUCUUAUCCUCCGAUCUAAUAGACUUCAUGGUCCCUUCAACAUUUCCAAAGUUCCAUCUUCCUUUUCAUCAUUGCAAAUAAUUGACCUCUCUCAAAAUGAGUUCGGUGGCCCCUUGCCAACAAAAUUCUUCCAAAGUUUGGAAGCUAUGAAAGAUGAAUCGGAAGCUAUGACUGGUGUAUUGACUCGAGCCAUCGGUUGUAAAAAUAUAUUUGUCAGGUCAUGUAGCGAAGCGACGAGUUAUGGGAAUCAUGGACCGGAGAUUACUACGAUUGCUAAUUUUGUGAAAGUAACAAUGAAAAGGUUGGAGAUAGAGCUACAGCUGGAGAAAACAUUACCCGGUUUCACACUCAUAGAUUUUUCAAACAAUCGAUUUUCUGGACGAAUCCCUGAUGCACUUGGCGAACUUCAUGCUCUUCUAGUUCUCAAUCUCUCGCACAACAACCUAAAUGGUUCCAUCCCUUCGUCAUUUCGAAGUAUGGCAGCAAUUGAAUCAUUAGAUCUCUCGUGGAACAAGCUUAGUGGCAGGAUUCCUUCCCAAUUGACGAAUCUGACAUUUCUGGAAGUGUUAAAUCUGUCACAAAAUAAUCUAAUCGGGCCUAUCCCUCAUGGGAAACAAUUUGAUACUUUCGACAAUGAUUCCUAUAGCGGCAACUUGGCAUUGUGUGGUCUCCCACUGUCAAAGAAAUGUGGCAACGGUGACGGACCAAAACCACCUACACCAGUGUUUGUGGAAGAUGAAGGCUCUGCAAUACCCUUUAUUUGGGAACUUGCAAUGAUGGGCUAUGGAUGUGGAUUGGUGUUGGGAUUGAGCAUGGGAUACAUUGUUUUCACAACUGGAAGACCAUGGUGGUUUGUUAGAACGAUUGAGAGAGAUUGGCAGAAUGGCAAUCGAACUGAAUUCGAGGAAGAUAUGCACCCUGCUUCACUAGGACCUGGCUGGAAAGGUCUUCUUACUUUUCUUGUUUAG